UAUAAAUACACAUGCAUAUAUUAUUUACAGUAUGAGAAAAACUAGUAGUUCCUUUUAACUUCUUCCUCUUCUUUACUGGUGUAGAAACCGCUUACGCGGUUAUAGACGAGUUAACAACAGCGCGUCAGUCGUUUCUUUUUUUCGCAAGGGGCGCCAAUUGGAGAUUCCAAUCGAAGCCAGGUUCUUCUCGAAAUCAGAUUUCAUUAUUAUUUUUCCUAUGUUAUCUUCCAUUUUAUAUAUUUUAAUUAAGAAAAGAAAAUUAAUUGACGCUUAAGACUAGUUUGACAUUAUGAGUAUAUUAUAUACUUACUAUGUACUUGAAUUCAAAAAAAAUCUUUAUUUUAAUCGGUCUGUUUGUAUGACAGCUACAUAUAUGCUAUAGUGGUCCGAUCAGAAAUUUUUUUUUGGAGAUUGUAAUGCUGAUUUGGACAAUAAUAUUUAACAAAUUUCGUGAAAAUAGUUUGUCAAAUAAAAAGUUUCAGCCAAAUUGUUUGACAACUAAAUGCUAACAUGGUUAAAUCGACACUGCUUUUCACGCUAAUAAAUAUAUGUUUAUAGAAUAUAUGUAUGUAUGUACAUAUAGGUAUAUACUGAUUUUUCCGGUGCUUCCUUCUGGGCGUUCCAAGCUUCGUAGCAAACAAUCGUUCGGAGAAUAGAGACAUUUACAUAUUUACAACAAUUCUAUGCUAAGAUUGUAGUGGUAUAAAUUAUUCCCAAACUUUUUCUGCAAUACACAUCAUUUACACUCAUUGGAAAAAUAAAAAUCAAAGAACCGACUGUCUCUCCACCUGUAAGGCUGGAGGAUAAUGUAGUACAUACAAAACUUCGGGUUUUAUUGCAAUAAACAUAGUAAUUCACAUAAGCCAUGAUAUAUUUUAUAUAAGUGUAGUUAAAGCGAACUCUCAUCCGAGGCUGCUUAAACUUUUUCAUUGCGGACGUUUUUUUACGUGGCGGGUCCCAAACCUAGCGCACAACCCUGAAGAGGAGAUGUUUCGCCUUCAAACGGAUGUUCUUUGGCUACCCAGAGGAUACAUGGUCAAAGACCGGAAAUCGUGAGCUGCUUCGCGUCAUAUGUAAAAUAAUCGUUUCUGGCCCUUCCUAAGUGAAUUUCGAUCAGAGAACUUUCCACACUUGCGUUAACGUCUACACAUGACUCCAUCUUCGUCGAUUUCAAAGCUGCUUUUGACAGCACGAAAAGGAGCUGCCUUUAUGCCGCGAUGUCUGAAUUUGGUAUCCCCGCAAAACUAAUACGUCUUUGUAAACUGACGUUGAGCAAUACCAAAAGCUCCGUUAGGUUCGGGAACGACCUCACCGAGCCGUUCGAUACCAAACAAGGUUUCAGACAAGGCGACUCCCUUUCGUGUGACCUACUUUUGGAGAAAAUAAUUUGAGCUGCAGAACUAAAAAAAGAAGGUAUAAUCUUCUAUAAGAGCGUACAGCUACUGGCGAACGCCAAUGAUAUUGAUAUCAUUGGCCUCAACAAACGCGCCGUUAGUUCUGCUUUCUCCAGAAUGGAAAAGGUAGCGAUGCAAAUGGGUCUGGUUGUGAACGAGGGCAAGACGAAAUACCUUCUGUCAUCAAUCCAAACAAGUAAGCAAUUGAGAAGUAAAGUCCUCUCUCGACGAACAAAAACAAAAUUCUAUAAGUCACUCAUUAUUCCUGUCCUGCUAUAUGGUGCAGACGCAUGGACGAUAACAACAUCUGAUGAGUCGACGUUACGAGUUUUUGAGAGAAAAUUUCUGCGAAAGAUGUAUGGUUCUUUGCACAUGCCACGGCGAAUACCGCAUUCAAUGGAAAAAUGACCUGUAUGCGAUAUACGAUGACAUUGACAAAGUUCAGCGAAUUAAGACUGCAGCUACGCUGGCUAGGUCAUGUCGUCCGAAUGGACGAAGUGGGCCGGGGGAAGCAGAGGAAGAGGACGACCUUCACUACGUUGAAAAGACCAGGUGGAGAAGGACCUGGCUUCGCUUGAAAUGUUUAAGGGUUAAAAACGAUUUUCGGCAAAAUAACGAGUGCUCUAGAAACAAGUUAAUUCCGUAUUAACACGUUUUUCACACAUCAGUGAAAAUUUAUGUGUGAAAUUUAAGUAACCAAGUUUAUAAAUUUUAAGUUUUAUCUUUUAUAAAAAUUUUAGCUUUCACGAAUUUUGUGGUAAACUAGUACACUGGUUUUGAUUUAAAAAGUAUUAUUUUUCCUUACUUUGACUCAAUAUCAGAACAUAACCCUGAUUUUCAAUCGAAAAAUCUCACGGCUUUCUCUUCGUUGAAAUCUCUACAUUCUGAUAAUAUAAAAAAUAAAAAAACUAUUGUGAAUUUUCACAAAAAAUACCAAUAAAUAAAUGACUCUAAACGAUUCAGACCUGAUUUUUUAGAGCUGCUACUACGAAAUAACAGGUAUAUGAAAUAAAAAAACAGGUUUGAAUUACUACAAUGGAUUGGAGGAUAUUUUAAUUUAAAAAGAUUUUAACUAUUUUCAAACACCCAGCAUAGGCCUAAUUACGUAUAGUAGAAUUUUAAAUUUAUUCUCUGUAUACUGUUGCAACGUUGGUCAUUUCAGUGUUGACUGCCCAAUAAUAUUCUUAAUAAACAACUUAAAAUAAAUGAAGCUUUUAUCACAGAAGCGACGUUGAUACGUAAACAUGAAAUUUAUUUGCUACUGGCUCAUCCGAAAAGUUUGUCGAAUACACUUAAUUUGUAUUUUGUUGCAUGCGUAUAGACAUGUAACACACAGAUACAUAUCAUUUGUGCGUAUAUAAGUAAUACAAUGUAAUUGUAAAAUAACUUUUUAUGCUAAUUAUUACUUUACGGAAUUUAUUGAUUUAUGAGAUUAAUACAUUGAAUUAUUAGUGUAAAUAUAUUUCAUAUUAAUUAAUAUUGUAAACGCCUUAUUGCCCAUAUUGAGGUUUGGUUGCCAUGGUCCUUUACUGUACAUAUACUAGUACAUACUACAUAGAUUAAUACAUAGAUAGAAACUGAUUUCUGUAUGGUCAAACUAAAGGAUGAAUGAUCGUACAAUGAACAGAUGCUCGGUUGUACUGACGACUUUAAUUUUAUUGAUUGCCAUGAACAUAGCUCGGUCUAGCUAAGUUUGAACUGAAAGGCGACCAGUUACUGUUACUCAGAUUGAUUUUUCUACAGAUGAAAGCCAUGGAUGCUAACCGGUAUGCGACUAAGAAAACAAUUGCUCAAGGUAUGCUGGAUAUCGCCCUUCUCACCGCCAAUGCCUCCCAAUUGAAAUAUAUACUUCAAGUUGGGGACCAACAUCAGUUUUAUAAACUAAUGCUGAUAAUGAUAAGCCUUUCGAUAAUCUUACAGCUCUUGGUUGGAAUACUUUUUGUUGUUAUUGGUAGUCUAAAUAUCAAUCGCCGAAAGGAUCAAGCGGCCGCUGUGAUCAUAAAUGAUAUUAUUCUCGUUAUUAUAUUUGUCAUUUCUGUAAUAAAUGUUAUAAUAUCAGGAUUUGGCAUCGAAUACUCUUCCCAACCUCUCAUACUCUUAGAGCAGCAGGCUAAUAAUUUACCAUAAAAUCAAUCAGCAUAUUCAAUAGAGACCUGCCCGUGUAAGUAAAAAUUAAUUUAGUUUUGAACGCAAAUAUGUUAUAUAAAAGCUCUGCUUUGAAUCAAGUUUAAUUUGAAUAAUAAAUAAAUAUACGGGUACAAAACAGAGAUUCUGUCAAAAUCCAAUAAUGAAGUAAAUGAAAGUAUAACUUUAAGGGGUUGGGUGAGGCGUUAAAUUUUAAAAAUAUCGAAAAUAGGCAUAAUUUGACAUUUCUUAAAAAAAGACUGGGAUGGUAAGCGAUCGGGUUAUAAAGAACAUAUCGUCACCUAAAAUGCAAAAUAACGUAUCAUCAAAAAAUUCAAAAUUAAUUUUUUUUUAUUGGGAUUCACCACAUCAUAUUACACAUACAUAUGUAUGUGCCACAAACUUUAAGCUUCUGAGAUCAGAAAUACCCAAGUUAUAUUGAAAACUCAAAAAAGAAGUAUGUAUCAUCAAGUGCUUGAUUUCGUUAAACGUAAUACGUUUAAUAACGUGUCAUCACUCAUGUAGAAAUAAUAGAGUAUUUUUUUAUCACGAAGUUAGCCUUGAUUUAUUGUUUAUGUUUAUUUUUAUUGGUUAAUCAAUGUGCUUUGGUUAGGUUAGGUUAAAUGGCUGAUCAAAGACCGCACAUGGUAAUCCUUUGUGAGGCCAUAGAAGAGAAGAACUCCUGUGUUCGAGCUAUAAAUUAGCAAAACGCUUAGUAGUCAAUACAAAUUUGCAAAAGCGUUUAAUUUCCUUUUCCGCCAGUCCAGUGGGAUGUCUGAAAAAAUGCGCUCCCAAUGUUUAAGUUUUGACCUACUAAUGGAGAUUUGAAAAAUUUGUUUCAAUAUCUCAGAUGGUUUUCUUUUUAUACGAUUUUUUGCUUCUGUAAACCUCCGAAAAGUGAUGUUACGUUAUUUUUUAUUUGAGGUGACGAUAUAAAUAACGGCUUUGCAUUUCUCUAAUUAAAUACUUUUAUAGAUAAACAUUGUAAAGUGAAAUUACACAAUUAGUAUACCCUGAAUGAGAUUUUAAAAUUAAAUUAUACUUCCUUUAAUCGGUAUCCAUCCUGGAAUUGUGCAAAUUUCUUGCCGCCGACGUAAGUCUCUAAUAUGUAAAUACACAACAAAAUAUUUUUUUUUAUGAUUGUUUUCAGAAUACCAGUAAGAAAACUUGAAAUUAUUGAACCCCAUAUAUGUAUAUUAUAAUGUAACCAUUGCAAAGAAUAAGUAAUUAAUUUGUACACACAUACAUAUGUAAAAUAUAUAAACAUAAUAUUUACCCAAAAAAUUAAAAAAGAAUUGGAAAUAAAGAGGUAAAAAGUGUAAACAGGCUUCAAAUAAUUGAAAUCAAGCUUUAGGAUUUUAAUUGCUUCUAAAGAAUCAGUACUUUUUUGAUUUGAUUUCGAGGUUGUAGGAUUUAUAAAAAAAUAUAUUUCUCACCAUCUAGAUAAAGCAAAUAACAAGAUAUUUAAGGCAUAUACAUAUGUACAUAUAUACAUUUUUACAUUAAUAUUCCUUAUAUGCAUAUACAUAUGUAUGUAUGUAUGUAUAUCAAUAAAUGCCAUUGAGAAUAUUGG